AUGGAGGACGUCGGAGGAGCAGAAGAAGAAGAUAUUGCAGUCGCAAUGAAGGACAAGAAAGAAGAGACAGCAGAUGCAGCUGAAGGAGGUAUAGCAGCGAAUAAGGAGCCCACAGAAGACAGAUUGUGCUCCUGGUCCAUGCCUCCCAUCCCUGUAUCCUUCAGUCUCCUCCAGAUGUGGCCCCGCCCCUCACAUGACGUCACCGAGUCUAUAAAGGCGGCAGCAGCAGGCGGGCAGGCGGCAGUGGAGCACCAGAGCUCCCGGUAUUUGUUGUCUGUGUCCCGCGUUUCUCACCCUCGGGUCACCAUGAGCGGGCCGCUGCAGCUCGGGCUCAUUAACUGCUCCGGGAAGUACCUGACGGCCGAGGCGUUCGGGUUUAAGAUUAAUGCGUCCGCCAGCAGCCUGAAGAAGAAGCAGGUGUGGUCGCUGGAGGCGGCAGGGGAGGGCGGGGAGCCGGGGGAGAGCGGGGCCACAGUGCUGCUGCGGAGCCACCUGGGCCGGUUCCUGAGCGCGGACAAGGAUGGGCGCGUGUCCGGCGAGAGCGAAGCCCCCGGGCCAGACUGCCGCUUCGUGGUGACGGCGCAGGGGGACGGGCGCUGGGCGCUCAUGUCAGAACCGCACGGGCGGUACCUGGGCGGCUGCGAGGACCGGAUCAGCUGCUUCGCCCCGUCCGUGGGUGCAGCGGAGCGCUGGAGCGUGCACCUUGCCGUGCACCCGCAGGUCACCCUGUAUAGCGCCAGCCGUAAGCGCUACGCCGCAGCCCGCGGGGACGCUCUAUGUGUGGAGCGGGACGUGCCGUGGGGUCUGAGCGCGCUCAUCACGCUCCUCUACCAGGAUGCGCGCUACCGGCUGCAGAGCGCGGACCACCGGCUGCUGGGGAGGGACGGGCAGCUGCAGGAGGACGCGGGGCCGGACACCGGGUACACGCUGGAUAUCUGGGGCGGAAAGGUGGCGUUCAGGGCCGAGGACGGGCACUACCUCAGCCCCACCGGACCCAGCGGGACGCUCCGCGCGGGCAGGAGCACCAAGGCCGGCAGGGACGAGCUCUUUGUGCUGGAGAGAAGCUGCCCCCAGAUCGUACUGACCGCGGCCAACGGGAGGAACGUGUCUACCCGGCAAGGGAUUGACUUGUCAGCCAAUCAGGACGAGGAGAGUGACCAGGAGACCUUUCAGCUGGAAAUCAACAAAGACACAAAGAAGUGCGCUUUCCGGACCUACACUGGGAAAUACUGGGCCUUGUCCAGUAACGGUGGGAUCCAGGCCUCUGCUUCCACCCUGAAUGAUAACUGUUACUUUGAUAUUGAUUGGUGCGACCGCAGAAUCACACUUAGGGCAGCAAACGGAAAAUAUGUUGCAGCCAAGAAGAAUGGGCAGCUGGCAGCCGCUGUGGAUUCUGCAACGGAGACAGAGCAAUUCCUGAUGAAACUGAUUAAUCGUCCUCUCAUUGUCCUGCGUGGAGAGCACGGAUUCAUAGCCUGCCGCAAAAUGACUGGAACCCUUGACUCAAACCGCUCAUGUUAUGAUGUCUUUCAACUGGAAUUUAAUGAUGGGGCAUAUAACCUGAAGGAUUCCACAGGGAAAUACUGGGCGGUGGGGAGCGAUAUGUCUGUGACCAGCAGUGGUGACUCUCCUGUAGAUUUCUUCUUUGAGUUCUGCGAUCACAACAAGGUAGCAAUCAAGGUGAAUGGCCUGUACAUGAAAGGUGACCACGCCGGUGUUCUCAAAGCCAACGCAGAGACCAUAGACCCUUCUGCACUCUGGGAAUACUAAGCGCAUUUACCAGAGGCCACAUCCGGCCAUGAAUCGUCUCCUUGUGCCUCUGUCUGGUCUUGCAGGACAUUAGACACAAAGCUUUGGUUGCAGAGGAACUUGCUUUUUAUUUCGCCAAUUUCUUGCCCAACAUUUUCACAGAACUUUGUAUGGUGUAGGAUGCUGGGCCCCAAACAACUAACAGUCCAUCCAUUCCCCCAAGUCUUGACAGAUAAAAGGUCCAGUAUAAAUGGGGCUCCUUGUGGUAUCCACCUACAGCAGCUCCUGUUACUGGCUCUAGUUGUCCUGUUGCUGACCAUAGUAAUAGUCCAUUAGAUACACUCGGCUCUGCUACACUGAGAGCCCUGAGCAAGGAGGGCGUUGGCCAAGCUUUUUGUGGGACACUCUUUAACCCAUGGAUUGCCAGCAAUUGUUGCAACUUUUUUCAUGUGCAUCAAGCCAUCUUUGGCAGCCAGUGGGUUAAUUGCUGUCUCUCUAAAGCAGAUACCUUUGGACCAAAACUGCAGUUUGAAUGUUUAACUUGUUUAGGGUUCUCAUUCACACGGCAGUUUAUUGCAGGUACUGAGAGAUUUACCUGUUCAGCUUUCCUGGAAUUUCUGCAUAUUCUGCACAUUUCUGUAGUUUAUACUUUGUGGCCUCCCCUCCCUAUUAUACUGGCUGGAAGUGGAGAGGAAUUUAAACCAAAUCAGUAUUAGUUACCUAUUUAUAUCGUGCGCUCCUCAUCUCAACGGUGUGAUACAAUAGUGUCUGGCAUAUUGUGAGGCAUGCCUACUCGGGUGGUGCUGGCACAAUGUGACCUGUGGGGCAACUGGAAUAACCUGUGAUCUAGUGUUGUCAUCUCAUAUUCUGUUAUCUGCCCCUGUGGCCUUAACAUCACCCGGUAACUUGUGGGGGUGGCGGGUACAUACCUUAUUGCCCCUGCUUGUUCCCUGUGAUCUGGUGCUGGAUCCCCUGCUCAUGUCCCCCUCUCAAUCUGUGAAGUUGCCACUCACUGACAAUGUCAAGUGCCAUUUAAAUAAAAAAAGCUGAAGAAA